AUGAACUGAUAAAAAAUGAAAAGAAGAAAAGAGAAAUAGAUAUAUUAUUAUCCAUUGGAGUAGCGUAAGAAAGGAGAAAAGAAUUGGAAAGUGGAUAGGAGGCGAUGAGUUCUUCUUCUAGGAGUGACAAUAACAGAGAAGAAGUAGAAGAAAGGAGAAGAAGACGAAGCAGCCCAAGCAAGUCGCCCAUAAGGGACCGAUCCAAAACGACUUCUUCCAAGUUGUCGUCUCGCUCCUCAACACUCACCCGUUCCGGGCUCGACGAUGACCUCGUAGCUGACUUCGAAGACCUUCGAAUCUCUUCGGACCCUAACCCUAACCCUAGAAGCUUCCCUUACAGCGUGAAGCAGCAAUGCUGGGAGAAAGCCGAGAAGAUCAAAGGCCGAGACCCCGAUCGGUGGCGCAGGGAUGCCCUCGGCAACACCGUCUUUCGCAAGCUCGUCGGUUGCCCUGGUUGUCUCUGCCAUGAUUACGACCACAUCCUCCCUUACUCUAAGGGUGGGAAAAGCACACUGGAAAACUGUCAAGUUUUACAGGCAACAGUUAACCGGUCGAAGGGUAAUCGAACAGAUAUAUCCAAAUCUGAACUUAUUCAGAAGAGUUCUUAUUGCAGGGUUUCAGGUCGCGAUAUGGAUCUUUUGGAACUGUCAGCAUAUGGCAACGUACGGCGAGGACCGGAGUCUGGGGGUUGUAGAAUCCAAUGAACAAUUGAGCAUACUAACUUGUUUUGUGGAUGAUUGCCAAUGAGAGCUACAUGAUAACCUUGUAGCUAGUCAUCCUGAAAAUGAUCUUUUGGAGCUCCAUUUGUGCACAAACAAGUUGAAACUGCAAAGAAAAAAUGACUUAACUGGUCUUGUAAGUCUAUAGCAUACUGAUCCAUUGAAGAGCCACUAUUGCAUUGAACAUUUAGCCUAUAUGCUGGAACAUCAGAACACUAUUUAUUGCUACAGAAGUGUAAAAUGAUUAUUGUUGCACACAAAUUAUCAUUAUUCUUGUGGAAUGAGUGUAAAUAACUGAUACCUUUUUCAUAUAUAUAAAUAUAAAAGCAAAUGACC